CUCGUUCAUCAGUUGCUCGCUGGCUCGUGCAAACAUCUCACCUGCUUGCGAGGGGCGAAAAGAGAAAACAAAGCAGAAAACAAUGAAAGGAAGCGUGACAACACACCCGUUACGACGAGAAGCGCAUGGGGGGAGUAUAAAGGGAAACCGCUAAAAAUAUCCACCACUACAAAUAUAUGUCAAUUUGCUCUCAUUUCUCUUCUGUCGUUCUCUGGAUACCUGUCUGGUGGGAUUAAAAAUGACUUAGAUUUCAAUCAGCGCUGGCAGGAGAGAAAGAAAAAAGGAUGAAAAAAGAGGAGUUUGUCCUCUGAAGAGAUUCAGCGGUGCACAGCUGGUAAGAGCGAGAGGAGUGAGAGAGGGAGGGAAGGAAGAGAAUCGGAGUCCGAAAAGAGAGAGAAAGAGGGUCUUGUUUCUCUUUUGAGGAAGCCAGGAGUCUGAUCGCCGUUUCCCUCCAGGACUGCUUGACAGGAAAUGCUGGAAAACCAGCAGCAUCUCAGCAUCUUUAAACCGUACCACCCUCCCUCCAUCCCUCUCUUUCUCAUUGUAUUUGGAACCGUAUUUUGCUGUAAGACAUAACAGGCAUCUCAGCUCACUGGAAUUCUUCAGAUAACAUCUGAAACAUGUGAAGACAAGAGUAGAUGAGAGCAACAAUCAUUUGGAGACCAACACAAGCAAGAUACAAAACUGGAAUAAACAGACGGAAUCAGAGAGAGAGAGAGAUGUUGAAGGGGAAAAUGAGCACGUGAACACUCAUGGCAGGUGGGUAAAAAGGAGGAGGAGAAAGGGGGUUAGGAACCAAAAACAGAAGGAAAACAGUGAAGAACAGCUGGAUAGACACAAACGUGAACCAACAGAAUGUGAAUGUUUACAUUCAGUGGAAUCGUGAAACUGCUUCAAGGCCCACAAGGCCCCAACAUGUUAAAAAGCAGGAACAUUUUUAAAAGGAAAGACAACAACGUGGGAUUUUUCGCAAGUCAAACUAGAGGAGAUACAAGUGGACGCAAUCUAAAUCUUCAUGUUGGGAUAGACACUCAAACACACGCAGACGCUUCUCUACACGCCUGAAUCUGGAUUAACACACGGCUCUGAAUCUUACACACACACACACGCACACGCACACGCACACGCACACACACACACACACACACACACACACACACACAAGCAGAUAAAAGCCUGGAAAUGAGUAGCUAAUUGUGUCCUGGGAUCAACACAGACAAGAAAGGUCUGUGGAUCACUCCCCUAUCUACCAUGCCAGACUCCCCACCCCUUCAGCCAUUCAGAAAAUCACACCCGUCCCUCAUCGUAUGCCAUCCAGGCAGCAACACGCACAAACCCUCAUCGCCGUCUCAUUUAUCCGUCCAUCUGAAACGGAAUAUCAUCAAGCCCUGUGAUACAUUUUGUCAACCCUCUCCUCGACUGGUGCCAAAGUUUAACAGCAGAAACUCAAACCGGGACAAAACCUCAACAUUGGCAUUACUGCACUGGCUUACACUGAUCACCUGUGCCUGCUUAUUGCCUGCUCUGAUUGGUCCAGGAGUAGUAGCUUCUGAGACGUGGGGCGUGGUCUCAGCGUGCCCCUUCCACUGCAUAUGCAGGAAUCUCUCCGAGUCUCUGAGUACACUCUGCGCUGACAAAGGACUCCUUUUCGUUCCGCCAAACGUAGACCGACGCACUGUUGAGCUCCGCCUCGCAGACAACUUCAUUCGAGAGGUGGGAGGAGCUGACUUUGCCAACAUGACGGGAUUGGUGGAUUUGACGCUAUCCAGGAACACCAUCAGUCACAUUCGGUCAAUGGCGUUUGCAGAUUUGGAAAGCUUGCGUUCGUUGCACUUGGAUGGCAAUCGGCUGACAGAGCUGGGCCCACGAGACUUGGCAGGCAUGCUAAAUUUGCAGCAUCUCAUUCUAAACAACAAUCAACUCAUUAACAUCUCCUCCGAGGCCUUUGAUGAUUUUCUUUUGACUCUAGAGGAUUUGGAUUUAUCCUACAACAAUCUGUGCAAAGCACCCUGGGACGCUAUUCAGAACAUGGCCAGUCUACAUACAUUGAAUUUGGAUCACAAUCUUAUUGACCAGAUUGCUGAGGGCUCCUUUAGUGAGCUCUACAAACUAGCCCGUUUGGAUAUGACUUCAAAUCGUCUAAAGACUUUACCGCCCGAUCAGUUGUUCGCCCGCUCACAGACAGGGGUAAUAAGCCCGACACCCUACAAUGCAGUGAUCAACCUAAAUUUUGGGGGUAACCCAUUGCACUGUAACUGUGAACUGCUUUGGUUAAGGCGUCUGAUCCGCAGUGACGAUAUGGAGACGUGCGCUACACCACUUCAUUUAGCGGGACGUUAUUUUUGGUCAAUACCUGAGGAGGAAUUUACCUGUGAACCUCCACUCAUUACCCGACAUACACACAAACUCUGGGUGUUGGAGGGUCAAAAGGCAAUGCUCAAAUGCCGUGCCAUCGGUGAUCCAGAGCCAGUGGUGCACUGGGUCUCACCGGAUGACCGCAUCAUUGGCAAUUCAAGUCGCACCACAUCUUACCGAAAUGGCACUCUGGAGCUACUCGUAACCGUCGCCCGCGAUGACGGUACAUACACUUGCAUCGCCAUUAAUGCUGCGGGUGAGGCCACCUCUUUGGUUGACCUCAAAGUAAUCCCUCUCCCUCAUCGUGGAAAUGGAACAAUACUGUUAACUCGUGACCCUGGAUCAUCGGACAUUACCAGAGGGAAAGCUUCCAAUGGACAAAGUCCUGGCCCGGAUACUAACACUGACACCCAGGAGGGACAGGAGGAGGGUCAGACUGAGGCUGAGGAUGGGGUCAGCGAUGGGGGUGAGGAGCAGAUGGUGGGAGUGCAGGGAGUGACAUCCACGUCGGCACAAGUGAGGUGGGAAAACCGUCGCUUGACGGGAGCCAACCUGGUGUGGAUGUAUCAGAUACAAUACAACUGCACAGCCGAUGAGACGCUUGUUUACAGGAUCCUGCCCCCCACUAGUGACAGCUUCCUACUGAAAAACCUGGUCUCGGGCACAGACUACAAUUUGUGCGUGCUAGCCAUUUUUGAUGACACGAUCACUUCCAUGGCUGCCACGAAGGUCCUCGGAUGCACCCAGUUUAGCACCAAGGACAAUUACCCUGACUGCCGUUCACUGCAAGCGCACUUCCUGGGCGGUACUCUUACCAUUUUGGUUGGCGGAGUUGUUGUGGUAAUGCUGUUGGUGUUUACCGUGGCGCUGAUGGUGCGUCACCGGGUGUGCAGUAACCAUGACAAUCAUCGUGAGAUGGGAGAAGAGGUGGGAUGCUCAGGAUUGGACUCCCCGCCUCUGUCUGGAAAGGGAUCUGAUGUGUUCUCUCAGAGCAAUGGCAAUGGGAACGUUAUGAUGGUGGUGCUGCCCAACGGGCUGGUUCAAAAACAAAACGUUGCGGAGGGGGGGUUGGGGUCACCGCCUAAACCAAUGUCCAAAGUGAAACCGAAAACCCUCCCAAAGCCCAAAGUGAAUGUGGAUCAGUUCAGGGUGGGACUAGAGGUGGAGAUGGCCUCGCUGAGACCACUCCCACCGUACACACCAGAUAAAGAGCGAAUGUCUUUGUAUUACACCCCUAGUAACCAUUCGCCCUCAACUCUGCCAUGUCCGUCGCGCCAGUUAGGAGCGAAACAACUUAAACUAUGUGCUACCAGUAAGGACACAGGCAAAUGUGCUAGCUUAAGUUUGGCCCCGCCCCCCACAUACAGCACAAAACUCAGUGAUAGACGGUUCAGCACAGGUGGCGGCAUCGUGGUCCGUCGAGGAGGCACGGACAGCCAAUGGAAUUCUUCGCUGGCCUAUCAGAGCCCCGCUUUGUCCCACCAGAGCCCCCCUCACAGCGCGUUGCGCUACAAGAGAAGUUCAUCAUUCGAUAUGGGUGAAAUCGCCACGACGGCUUGCUACAGUUACGCAAAGAGACUUAGCGUAAUCUGGACCAAACGGAGCCAGUCGUUACACGGCAUGCUGGUCCACUGUACCUCGGCAACAAGCACCUCGACAACCAGCAGCGCAAGCGACGACUUCCAAGUUCGGCACGCGCGCGGGUACAUCCGUGCCUACAACACCACCAACUCCAAUUCCAACCCUCCAAUAGCUGAGGCUGCGAAUUCAAAGGACCAGCAAAUGAAGGACACAGAAAAAGAGAAAGAUGACAAAAGAGAAGAACUGGAGGAGAGUGUGGUGUAGUGAGUCAGAAGAUAGAUGAAACAGAUAUGUUGAUGAAUGAAAGGAGAGGAAGUCAAGAUAGGGAUCAAAAAGAGAAAAGGUUUGAAGUUGAGAUGAAAAUUCUGUAGGUCAAGCUUUUGAGAGGGCUGAAGAUCCCACAGAAUGUUGAUUGGUGCUAUUAAAGGAGAAAAAACAAGGCAGCAAGACAGGCAAGAUAAAAGUCAAGCAUCAAGUAAACGCAAAACAAAACAAUAAGGUUGUUAAUGAAUCUUGGAACAAUAUUUUUAAAUUGCAGAGAACAAAAACUUUCUAACUAAAGGCAAGCACUUGCUAACUAUCACAUGGGCUUUGGAAAAACGUGGUGGCAUUGGAGCAUCCAUCGAUUCGUGUUCCUGUGAAAAAUUGGGACAGAGCCAGCAAGUGGACAUGCAGAAUCAUGCACAACCGAUUGGAACCAGAUCGAUCGAUAAAGUCUGCAGCAAAUGCGGAUUACAGAGAAUGCAAACUACAAAAAAGGAAUGUGAAAAUGUACAAACGGUACAAUGGAAAAAAUGCUUUGAAACUCAAAUAGAACAUACAGUAAGUGUUCACUGACUGUGGUAUAACGUUAAUAUUUUGUGUAUGAGGUUGUAUGUGUUUGUUUGUUUGUAGGUGAGUGAGUGGAUUAAUGCACAAAGAAUUCAUCAAAAUACAUUUUAUGACGUCACUGGAUCUGCUGUAUGUGACCACCAUCAUCCAGUAAUGUGUUAUUGGAAGCUAAAAGACCAUGGCUGGCGUAGGAACUCUGGACUACUGUAUAAGAAGAAAAUAAAAGAAAUAUAAAAAAUAUAUAAUUUCAAGUUCACAAAAUCUAUGAAUAAAUUCUGUUAAAAAAUGUCAGUGUUAUCAAGUGUUACGGUAUUUCUUACUAUGGAAGGUCAAAUUAAAAUAAGCA